UACUAUAUAACAAAUAAUUUGAGGUUAUGUUACUGGAGGUUGCUGAUAUCUAUGUCCGUUAGUGCAACUCAGCCCAGGAGACCUGCUGAUGAUUUUCUAGCUUCUCUGCAAUCUAAUCUACAGGGAAAUGCUCGCACUAGGCGCAGAAGAGGUCAGCAGCAAGCAGGCAACACUAAUGCAGUACAGAAGAGUAAUGUAGCUCCCAAGGUGCAAAGUAGAGCAAGACCACCUCCUGUCCAGAAGACAAGACAUCACAGAGUGAAACCUGAGCCAGUUGUAGGCGAAAGAAACAAGGGUCCUAAAAGAUCAACAAACCCUCCAAAAGCUGCCAAAUCAAACUCUCCAAAACAACAACAGUCACGUAAUGAACCAAAGACAGUUCCUCCAUCAAAUGUUCAAGUAUACUCCUCUCAGCCACCCCAACCUGAGGCUCCAAUCCAACACCAAGCUCCUCCUGUUGAAGUUGUUCAGACUCAGCCCGUCCCAACCUAUCAAUACCCAGUUGCAGCACCACCUGAAGAUCCUGUGCAACAGCAGCAAAAUGUCAGGGCCAGUCAAAACAAUUUUUACAUGAAAAAUCAGUCGAAUAUUUUCAACACUGGGUAUGUGGACCCAUAUCAAGCGAAGAGAACCCAACAACAAGCAAUGAGAAGUACUGUAGCUGAUAGAGUCGUGGUGGACAAUGCUUUGAGAAUAGCCUCUCAGCAGCCGUUGCCACCCACUCCUUCUUUCUCUGCACAAAGAGUUUAUAAUGUGAGGCCCGAGGAGAGCAAUCAGCAAUCAUUUGUGCCUCACCAAACUGGAAUGGUAAUGCAGCAAAAUGGUUUAAUUGCUGCACAGUCUGGCAAUGUGGGUGUUGUUCCUAAUGGGCAGCCUCAUUUAAAUCAACAAGUUGUCGGUUCCCAACAAGUAAUGGAACCAACACCUGCCGUAAAUGAAGCGAAACCUAUGAACAGUCAUUACCACCAGAGUUUUAGUAUAACCGGUGGUGAACCACAAGACAACAGAUCAGCGCAGGAGGUAGCGAGACAGAAAUGGGUUCAGGAACUAGAAGCGCAAGUUAGAGAAAAGAAACAGAGAGAUCAGCAAGACAAAAUGCUGAGACACAAGUCACCGUACCCAGCUUCCAUUCCAACUGGUGUCCGUUCUACGGUGCCAAAUUAUCAACCUGCACCUGCGUACAAUAACCCCGCAGCAAUGAAUCUUCAGCAAGUCCCUCCAAACAUUGCUCAACAACCCAAUAACUACCCUCCAAACAUUCCCCAACAACCCCCCAAUAUCCCUGUAUACACUCAACAGUCACCUAAUGUAACCAUGCAGCCUCCCCAAGUUCAGCACCUAGCCUCCAGAACUCCAGCACGACAGACUUCUGAAAGUCCCACUCAAGGCCGAAUGUUAGGACAGGGUGCAUGGGUUGAUCCUGAGGAGUUGGAGAGGAGAACAGACGCUAGAAAACGGGCCCGGGAAAAUCAGGAAAUGAUUAGACAGCAAGUAGAGGAAAGAGAACGCCUCAAGAAGGAAGAGAAAGAUAAGAUAAAACGAGAGGAGGAGCUACAAAUGAAGAGGAUCGAGGAGGAAAAGAGGUUAAUGGCCGAGGAAGUGAGGUUAGAACAGGAGAAAAGAAGACAAAAAGAAGCAGCGCAGUUGCAGCAGAUCCAGGAGAUGAGGCAAAAGAUUGAGGAGGCAAACAAGAAAGCGAAAGGAGGAGAAGCGAAGCAAGAGAAGCAGGUCAGCUUUCGGAAAUGAUCAGGAUGAGAACGUUAACACGAGAUCAACUGUGCCGGAAGAGGAGCCACCAAUCCAAGAAAUACAAAUGAGGAAUCAGCGCAAUAGCUCAGUUGCUGCAACUAAUAAAUCAAAUAGACCACCAAAUAAAGCGCAAGGACCAAAAAGUGGUCGAGCACUUGUUCAUACCCCCGAUCCACCACCCGUUCAAGAAACUGUCGAGCAGCCAGUACAACAGCCAGUACAACAACCAGUACAACAACCAGUGCAGCAGCCAGCUCCAACACAGCAACAUGUAUUUGUACAACAGCCAGCACCAGUGCAACAGUCUGUACGAUAUGUGUCCAAUGCUGCCACACAAACUGUUCACGAGGUCUCCUGUCAGACCAUGAGCCGAGAAAACUCUGUUCUUCCAGCAGAAUCUAAACUUAUCCAACUUCAGGAGAGGGAAUUGUCAUCCGUCCAGCGCCAACGAACGAUGAAUAACAACAAUAAAAACAACAGGACAACUCAUAACAAACCUAAACCUGGUUCAAGAAUACCCGGCUCGAAACUACCAGUGAAGCAGCAACAGACGAAGAAAGUUCCAGAAAAACCGAAAGUUCUGUACGGUAAGAAUGGUAGAAGGAUCAAACCCAAACCUAUAGAACCUCCUCCAUCUCCUCCUAAAGAAGAUACGCCUCCUCCAUUGAAGAUUAUUGCUGAAGAAUCAGAGGCUAUAACGAAUUACAGCAGUAUUGCAGAUAUCUUUGACGAUCCACAGUAAGAAACAAGAACUUUAUUUAUAUUUAGAGCUAUUAAACAAAUGUUCAAGUUUCUUCAACAUUUUUCUAGGUUAUCAUCUGAUUCAUUUAAUAAUGCAUAAAUGAAUAUGAACAAAAACGGAAUUAUUUGUCUGUAUCGGUUAUCUAGAAUCUAGAACUAUGCAUGGGAGGAGGCCCUGGAGAGUCCGUCUCGGAAGGUUCUAAGACCAUCAUUAAGCAUCUUAAAGUUGAAACUUUCAAAGUUUCUUUAAUUUGACUUUCAUUUUAAUUCUUA